AUGUCCUCCAGACUAACUUUUGCUAGGAAGUUCUCCAGCACAAGAAAUGUUGCAAAGAAACUGAAUAAAUACUCAUAUAUCAUCACUGAGCCUAAGGACCAAGGUGCCUCUCAGGCUAUGUUGUAUGCCACUGGUUUCAACAAGGAUGAUUUCAGCAAAGCGCAAGUUGGUGUUGGUUCUUGUUGGUGGUCUGGUAACCCAUGUAACAUGCAUCUAUUGGAUUUGAACCACAGAUGUUCCCAAUCCAUCGAGAAAGCCGGUAUGAAAGGUAUGCAAUUUAACACAAUUGGUGUCUCUGACGGUAUCUCGAUGGGUACUAAAGGUAUGAGAUAUUCUUUACAAAGUAGAGAAAUUAUCGCAGACUCUUUCGAGACUAUCAUGAUGGCACAACACUACGAUGCCAAUAUUGCUAUUCCAUCCUGUGACAAGAAUAUGCCUGGUGUUAUGAUGGCUAUGGGUAGACACAACAGACCAUCUAUUAUGGUUUAUGGUGGUACCAUUAUGCCAGGUCACCCAACUUGUGGCUCCAAGAACAUUCCAGAGAACAUUGAUGUUGUCUCUGCUUUCCAAUCCUACGGUCAAUACAUCUCGAAGCAAUUCAAUGAAGAAGAGAGAAGUGAUGUUGUACAACACUCUUGUCCAGGUCCUGGCUCUUGUGGUGGUAUGUACACCGCCAACACCAUGGCCUCUGCUGCCGAAGUUUUAGGUAUCACUAUGCCAAACUCUUCUGCUUUCCCAGCUGUUUCUGCUGAAAAGAUUGCUGAAUGUGACAACAUUGGUGCUGCUAUCAAGAACACUAUGGAACUUGGUAUUACCCCACGUCAAAUCUUCACCAAGGAAUCCUUUGAAAACGCUAUCACUUACGUCAUUGCUACUGGUGGUUCCACUAACGCAGUUCUUCACUUGGUAGCUAUUGCACACUCUGCUGGUGUCAAGAUCACCCCAGAUGAUUUCCAAAGGAUCAGUGACAAGACACCAUUGCUAGGUGACUUCAAGCCAUCUGGUAAGUAUGUCAUGGCCGAUUUGAUUAAGGUCGGUGGUACUCAAAGUGUCAUCAAGUUCUUGUAUGACAACGGUUUCUUAUACGGUGACGCCUUAACUGUUACUGGUGAAACUUUGGCUGAGCGUGCCAAGAAAGCCAAGGGUCUAAGUGAAACUCAAGACAUUAUUAGACCAUUGUCAAACCCAAUUAAGCCAAGUGGCCAUCUACAAAUUCUAUACGGUUCUCUUGCUCCAGGUGGUUCUGUUGGUAAGAUUACUGGUAAGGAAGGUACUUACUUCAAAGGUAAGGCUCGUGUUUUCGAAGAAGAAGACGCUUUCAUCUCUGCAUUGGAGAAUGGUGAAAUCAAGAAAGGUGAAAAGACAGUUGUUAUUAUCAGAUAUGAAGGUCCAAAGGGUGGUCCAGGUAUGCCAGAAAUGUUGAAGCCAUCUAGUGCACUAAUGGGUUAUGGUCUAGGUAAAGAUGUUGCCUUGCUAACUGAUGGUAGAUUCUCUGGUGGUUCUCAUGGUUUCUUGAUUGGUCACAUUGUUCCAGAAGCUGCCGAAGGUGGUCCAAUUGGUUUGGUCAGAGAUGGUGAUGAAAUUGUGAUUGAUGCAGACAACAACAAGAUUGACCUCCUAAUCUCUGAAUCUGAGAUGUCUCAACGUAAGGCCGAAUGGAAACCUCCAGCCCCACGUUACAACAGGGGUACUCUAUCCAAAUAUGCUAAGUUAGUCUCUAAUGCCUCCCAAGGUUGUGUUACAGACGCUUAA